CAUUCGCGGACCUCACGCUCCCUCCCCCUCUAAAACAAAUACGCCACCCAUGGGUGGGACCCGCGCCCUUCCUCUCUCUUCCCUCCUCGCCGCCGCCGCCGCCAAAUCCCCCCUCCCCCUCCUCCGCCGCCACCACCACCACCGCCUCGCCGCCUCCAUGUCGUCCUCCUCCUCCCCCUCCUCCCCCGCUCCCCCGGCUCCGGCCUCCGCCUCCUCCGCCAUCGACUUCCUCACGCUCUGCUACCGCCUCAAGACGACGAAGAGGGCCGGGUGGGUGAGGCGCGGGGUGCAGGGGCCCGAGUCCGUCGCCGACCACAUGUACCGCAUGGGCGUCAUGGCGCUCGUCGCCGCCGACCUGCCCGGCGUCAACCGCGACAGGUGCGUCAAGAUGGCGAUCGUGCACGACAUAGCCGAAGCUAUUGUUGGUGACAUCACCCCUUCAGAUGGUGUGCCGAAGGAAGAGAAGAGCCGCAGAGAGAAAGAAGCAUUGGAUCAUAUGUGCAGUUUGCUUGGUGGUGGUUCAAGAGCUGAAGAAAUCCGUGAACUUUGGAUGGAAUAUGAACAGAAUGCCACUUUGGAAGCAAAGGUUGUGAAAGAUUUUGACAAGGUUGAGAUGAUUCUUCAAGCACUGGAGUAUGAAAAGGAGCAAGGGCUGGACCUAGAAGAGUUUUUCCAGUCAACAGCAGGGAAAUUUCAGACGGACGUUGGAAAGGCAUGGGCGGCAGAGGUCGCAUCAAGAAGAAAGUGAAAGUAACCGAUCACAUGACAAUUGACAAGUCCUCUUCUGGUGUUUCUUUUCCAAUAUAACCUUGAGGUUUCUGUUAAACUUCACGCUUGCAGAGUUUGUUAGCUCUGGGCCAUUUGGACUUGAUGCUUAGAGCUUGAGAAUUGAGAUCAGCUGGUCUCAAAGGCUAGUUAUUUUUGCUGAAACUGGGUGUGUCAAGAGCCCAAGAGCAUGUAAAAUCACUAGGAAAGCCGCAUGGCCAUCCUCGUUGUUGUGAUGUAAAAUCAACUAAUCCAGUUGUUAUGGCAAUCGAGUUCCAUCGUCUCA